UUGCACCCCAUCGUGUUAUCAGCUCUUCCCACUGUAUUUAACUGGAUUUAUUAGUAAGUCAUACCCAGAUUUUCAUUACAUUACAUUGAGGAGGAUGAAACGACAUCAGCUGUGUUUCUUCAAAACCUUCAUAUCUGAGUGAGAAGACAGGAUUUCCCUCAGAGAAUGAACAAAGAGCUCUUCUAGGAUGAAGAGAAAGGGUAGAGGAGGAAGAUAAGAAAGAAAGACACCCGAAGCAAGACUAGGCUAAAUAUCCGUGUGGUACGAGCCAGAGGAGAAGGAAAGAGGAGCCAUGUGGCAAGUUAGUUGUUCUUUAAAUCCUAAAGUACUCCCAGACGGGGUCCCUGCAUGGGUGACCAUGAAGAAAGAACUGGUUGGAGGAGUCAAAGGGAAGAGAAAGAUGUUCUCGUUUUCUUUACGAUGUCGGAUUGGAGUUAUCAGAGGAAGGGUUAAAGAUGAUGUCCCAUAUACAAAGGGAAACAAAGAUACUGCAAGUGACAGCAGUGGGCUCAACAAGAGGAGUAGCAUUGCUGAUGAGCAGAGAGGUGUGACGACAGUGGAACUGAUUAAAAAAGAGGGCACCAGUCUCGGCCUCACGAUCUCCGGAGGUUGUGACAAGGACGGCAAGCCAAGAGUGUCGAACCUAAGACCAGGAGGUCUCGCGAUCCGGAGUGACCAACUCAAUGUUGGGGACUACAUAAAGUCAGUGAACGGCAUAAACCUGUCCAAACUAAGACAUGACGAGAUCAUCAGCAUGCUGAAGAACAUCGGUGAGCGUGUGGUGCUGGAGGUGGAGUACGAGCUGCCGCCAUUCGCUCCCAGCAAUCCCUGCGGCAUCAUCUCUAAAACUAUCGAAGUGUGCUUGGAAAAAGAAGGAAACAGCUUUGGCUUUGUUCUGAGAGGGGGCUUUCAUGAGGACUGGCAUAAGGCUCGACCUCUAGUAGUGACCUACGUCAGGCCCGGCGGACCCGCGGACAGAGAGGGAACCCUGCGAGCGGGCGACCGUGUGUUGAGCGUGAACGGUGUUGCUGUGAACAGACAGAAACAUGCUGACGCUCUGACCCUGAUCAUGCAGAGCAGCCAGGAGACUUUCUUCCUCAUCGAGUAUGACAUCAUGGUCAUGGACUCCGUCCAGAAGUCGUCUGGGCCGCUGCAGGUGGACAUUGCCCGCUCCGCAGGUUCAGUACUGGGACUAAGUCUCACUACAUCCAUCUACAGGAACAAACAGGUCAUUACAGUCCAGAAAAUCAAACCUGCUAGUGUUGCUGACAGAUGUGGUGCUUUGCAUGUGGGAGAUAUUCUCUUGGCUAUAGAUGGCAUGAGCACAGAGCACUGCUCUCUGAUGGAGGCUCAGCAGCUCCUGUCCAGCUCCUCAGAGCUCACCAAACUAGAGAUCCUGCCCUCUCAGCACUGCUCACAUGACACAGUGCAUGUCCAGAGGAGAAGUCAGCAUCAGUGGGACUCUAGUGACAACUGCAUCAGUACUCCUCCACCUUUCCAAAAGACACCCUCGGCCUGGAGUCACACCACCCCUACACCCUCACACCGAUCUGUGACGUCUGGCAUCUCUGCAAACACAUCAGGCUUUCACAGUUACAGCUGUGGCACCCAGUCGACGAACCCCAACACCUAUCCCAGUAGCACCCUGCCCUCCUACCCGUCCAGCCCUCGCUGCACCCACACCAAGCGGAGACCAAGCAGAAGAGACCACAAGAGCUCCUUGUCUCUGGCGACGAGUACAGUGGGCGCUGGCGGUCAGGUGGUGCAUGUCGAAACCAGCGAGGUGCUUCUGAGAGGAGAUCCUCUUACUGGAUUCGGCCUGCAGUUACAGGGGGAAGUGUUUGCUACUGAACCGCUGUCAGCGCCUGCCUGUGUUCACUUUAUAGAGCCUGACACACCUGCUGAAAGGUGUGGGGUGUUACAAAUUGGAGACAGAAUUCUUUCCAUUAAUGGAAUUCUCACUGAGGAUGGAACACUGGAAGAAGCCAAUCAGCUGCUCCGAGAUGCAGCACUGGCCAAUAAGGUCAUACUGGAGGUGGAGUUUGAUGUUGCAGAAUCAGUGAUUCCCAGUAGUGGCACAUUUCAGGUUAAGUUGCCCAAGAGACGUGGAGUGGAGCUGGGCAUUACGAUCAGUGAGAGCAAGAAGCCAGGAAAACCUUUGAUCAUCUCGGAGAUACAGAGAGGCAGUAUUGCACACAGAAUAGGAACCCUGGAGCCGGGUGAUCGCCUGCUGGCUAUUGAUAAUGUUCGGCUGGAUAAUUGUGGGAUGGAUGAGGCCAUGAUGGUCCUCCAGCAGGCCGAGGGGAUGGUCAAACUGCGGAUUCAGAAAGACGAAGACAACCUGGAUGAAUUCGAGUCGUCCGGUUCAGUCAUAUUCACAGUAGAACUCAAGAGACACGGAGGUCCUCUUGGAAUCACCAUUUCAGGCACUGAAGAGCCCUUCAACCCCAUCCUGAUCUCCAGUCUGACCCGCAACGGCCUGGCGCACAGGACUGGUGCUCUUCAUAUCGGUGACCGUGUUUUGGCCAUCAAUAACACGAGUCUCAAGGGAAAACCUCUGAGCGAGGCCAUCCACCUGCUGCAGACCGCCGGAGACACGGUUACACUCAAGAUCAAGAAGCGAUCUGAACCACUUUUGGAGUCGGACAGGAUCAGCCCGUCCAGGACGGCCUCGUGUGUCAGUGACAUGGAAGACGAUCGCUCAGAUUCUCUCAGGAGAGGAAAACACUCAGAACUUCAUCGCCCGACCACACCCCCCAGACUGGAUUCAGCCAUGGACUCGUGGGAUAGUUCGGCCUUAGAUCCCGGCUAUGGAAGUCAAGGUGUCUAUAUUCAUAAGGCGUCUGAUUUCACUCUUCAUCCCAAUGACUGGAGACAGACCAAUCACAGGAGCCCACUGAUCUCCAGAAGACACGCCCCCCGUCCUGCAGUGCAUGAUGGGAGGCUGGGUGAGGAGGAUUGGACAUACUCUGGAUCUGUCAGUCCUGCACGCUGUCACAAGCACAACAAUACAGAAGCUCAGGAGAACUAUUGGUCACAAGCUCUUCAGGACCUGGAGACCUGCGGCCAAUCGGAAAUCUUGCGGGAACUUGAGGCUACUAUAAUGUCAGGUAGCACGCUCAGUUUAGGAAAAGACGGCGAGAAGCAGAAUGAAAGAAGGACCAAAGCUCUGGCAUUGAGCCCAGAGAGGACCUCAGAGAACACAGCUGUACCAGAAGACAUGCAGGACACCAGCCCAUCCAUGCCAUUAGAGCUUCAUAAGGUAAUGAUGACUUUCCCGGCGGUUGAAAUCACAACUGAAAGACUGUCAGAUCAUCAUUGUCUCCCUCUGUCUCAGAUCUGUGUACAGAAGGAUGUUGACAGCAGGGAUUUUGGGUUCAGCGUGUCUGACAGUUUGCUAGAAAAGGGUGUUUAUGUGAACAUGAUCCGUCCGGACGGGCCUGCAGACCAAGCUGGAUUACGCUCAUAUGAUCGUAUCCUACAGGUCAAUCAUGCAAGGACACGUGAUUUUGACUGUUGUGUCGCCGUGCCAUUGAUCACAGAGGCCGGAGAGCAUCUGCAGCUGGUCAUUAGCAGAAACCCUCUCGCUCAGGCACAUGUUUGGCCACCUAAAAACUGUCAGGACCCAUCUGAACUGUCUGUGGUUUCGGCACAAAAUCCAAGAAGAGUUGACCUCUGAUGAGCAACAUAAACAGAGCACAAUUUUCAGUUCUCUCUCUCAACUGCACAUUGGACACAUCAGCACUUCAUUCAAACCAUUUUCAAACAACAAGCCACAUUUUCAACGCUGAUUUGACCAUUCACAGUGGCACACGACUUUCGUUUGUACACGUUCAUCUUCAUACAUGCCACUUUUGUUUUUAUUAUAAAUGAAUAACGGGCUCAUUUAGUUUCUGCUGUCAACGAGAACACUUUGAUGUUGAUGCAGGUUUUCACAAAACAGAGAAACCUCAAGCCAUCGGUUAAAAAUCUUUCUCUGAGAUCAAAACCAUGACAGCUUGACAAUCUUUUCAAAAAAAUGAUGUCAUUUGUGUAUCAUAAGGCAUUUUAUGAGGAUUGUACAUCCUGAUACAAACCAGGAGUAAAUUCAGAUUUUAAGUCAAGUCCUUCAGAGGAGCUUGUUUUAAGUCUAACUUUUAAAAGUAGAUCUGUCUUUGUAUAUUGUUUACCCACAAUCCUCUAUUCUGUGUAUAAACCCUUUUUCCUGGAUGUUAGAUAUGUAAUGCUAUGAAUAAGAUGUACAUUUAAUAUUCUUGGGUUGGAAAUUAUCAUUUCAUUUUUUAAAGAAAUAAAUGAUAAAAACCAGAGUGUAUCUAACCCUGUCUGUGGUAAGAAAACAAGCUUAAACUGAAGACAGGUGCAUGUUGGGAUUUCUUAUGGGAUUAAAUGUGUAGUGUUGAUUGGAUUGUGGAGUGAUUGAGACACAAUUGCUUUUAUACUUGCCUCCACCGAUGACAAAUAAUUAACAUGUUUUAGUUUAAUUUUGCAACUUAAAGUUUAAUGGGUAGAGUUAACCAAGCUGUUUGUUUAUUGUUUUGUUAUCCACUGCAUCUGAAAUUGCUAAUUAACCUUUGAUGGAUUUGAAAAAUGGGGUUAAUUGAAAUCAACCUCCACAUCCAGGUCUAUUCUGGGAAAAGCACACAUAGACAUUUCUGAACAGACUUAACACAACACAUACCAAGAUUGGACAUUUUUAUUUUGUCUGAAAGAUGCAAUAUGCAUCUUGAAUUGUGUCGGUCACAAAACGACUUUGUUUUACAAGAUUUUGUUUAAUCAGGUUAACCUUGAAGGAAAAAUUUUGAUCUUGAAUUUCCUGUUUUCAUCGUAUUACAGUACUUUCCAGCUGAAAUUAUAAAUGGACAAAGUCAAUUGUUUACAAAUAUUGCACACUGCAAGUUGCAUUUAGGGUGAAAACUAAAAAAUGCUUAAAUAUACAUUUCUGAACACCUUCAGAAAAAAUAUAGGCAAGUAACCAAUCACAUCAGGUACAGUAUAAAACGGUUAAAUACAAAAAGGCAAAUUUUAGAUCAAUGAAAAUACUACAAAUGAGCAAACACUUGCUUAGUGAACAGUUAUGGGUGGAAACAGGUCAGAGGGUUCAGCUGAAUCUGGAAGGGUUCAGGGGUUAAAGGGCAGAUGUGUACAAAGUCGCUGGGGUCAAAGGGGAUGGUAUUUAUAGAGGGUGGUGUGGUCGAAGGUAAAGGACAUUAUUAUGAGUGGCAGUUCUUUGCUGUUAGUGAUUAGCUUGAAUAUUUGGAGGUUUUAAGGCUAAAGAGAGGCCAGGAAGGGGAAUGGCAGUGUCUCUGUGCAAGACAUAAAGCCCAGGUCUCCUGUGUUUAUUCUGAUGGUUUGAUGUUUGUGAGCGUUUGGCUCGGCCGAAACAUGUGAUAUACAGUGGCCCUCAAACGUCUGAGAUGCAAUGGAAUCAAAAUGGAUGAUUUUGAUUGGAAUGAAAAAAAUAUA